AUGCUACAGCUUAUAUUUUUUAAUUUACCAGAGUUACUAUAUAGAACAGAUCUUAUAUUUUUUAGUUUUGAUAUAGAUCCAAAUGAUUAUAAUUAUUGUGAAGAGAAUCGCACUAGAUUGAAUAAAUUCUUAGAUAUAAUAUGUGGAAAGAAAAAGCCAAUUUAUAGUUUGCAUUUUAAAACUACAUAUCACCAUUCACUUUCAGAUAAAAAAAUCAGAGGUAUUGUAAAUUCAUGCUCGAACAUAAUCCAUUUAGAUUUCGAAAGUAGUUCAGGAUUUAGUGAUGAAGCACUAAUUACGAUAGCCGAAUUAUACACUCAAUUUAUGGGAUGGUCGAUGAAGCCAUGCCAUAAUUUGAAAGAAUUAUAUUUCGCUGAAGCAUAUUGGAUCACUGAUAAAUCUACAAGUUGUAUCAUGAACCUAUGCCCAAAAUUACGAUGCCUUGAAAUUGCGUACAGUCAUGGUGAAAUUAAUAUUGCUAAAAUGUCAAUGCAAACAUGUUACAAUAUAGAGUAUCCUAAUUUAGCGUAUAUUCUAGCCAUUGUCAGAUCUUGUCCAAAUUUAAAACAUUUCAAUAUUUCUCAUAACGAUAUUGAUGAUGAGGUUAUUGAAGCGGUAGCUUGUACAUGUUAUAAAUUAGAAUAUCUUGAUCUUAGAGGUUGUGAAUUUAUUACUGAACCAUUGAUUUGUAAUGUUAUUCGCUCUUGUCCUAAACUCAAACAUCUCAAACUUGGUUUUUGUAAUAUUUCUAAUGAAACUAUCGGAAAAAUUGCUCAUUCAUGUUCAAAUUUAAAAUAUCGCGAUUUGGAGAGUUGUGAAAAUAUUAGUAAAAAAUUUAUAAAUGAGCUUAACUUAAAUAUUCAUAUCAUGAAUUUUGAAGAAUCUUACGAAUGGUCUGGACUCUGA